UGGUGUCCUGCAGCUCCUUCCUUUAACACAGCCACAGGGGUGCCCCAGCUGUGACGCCAAGCUCCAGCCUCAAUGGUUCAUGUGGCAAUGGCAGGAGCAGUGCUCUGGGAUGGCUGCAAAGCCUGGCUGAGAAGCAGGGUCACUUUCAGAAUCAAAAUGGUUGAAGCAGACCGUCCUGGGAAGCUUUUCAUUGGGGGCCUGAACACAGAGACAAAUGAAAAAGCCCUUGAGGCUGUAUUCUGCAAAUAUGGACGCAUCGUGGAAGUCCUUUUGAUGAAAGAUCGUGAAACCAACAAGUCCAGAGGAUUCGCCUUUGUCACAUUUGAGAGUCCAGCAGAUGCAAAAGAUGCUGCCAGAGACAUGAAUGGGAAGUCAUUAGAUGGGAAAGCAAUUAAAGUGGAACAAGCAACCAAGCCAUCCUUUGAAAGUGGUGGGAGGCGUGGGCCGCCCCCCCCUCCACGAAGCAGAGGUCCUCCCAGGGGCCUUAGAGGUGGAAGAGGCGGCAGUGGCGCGAGAGGACCACCUUCAAGAGGGAGUCACUUGGGAUCUUCUCGAGGGCCACUUCCCAUGAAGAGAGGUCCACCUCCACGAAGUGGAGGCCCUCCACCUAAAAGAUCUGCACCUUCAGGACCAGUGCGUAGCAGUAGUAUGGGAGGAAGAGCUCCUGUGUCACGCGGAAGAGACAGUUACGGUGGUCCUCCACGCAGAGAACCGAUGCCAUCACGAAGGGAUGUCUACAUGUCUCCAAGAGAUGACGGCUACAGCACUAAAGAUGGUUACUCAAGCAGAGAUUAUCCCAGCUCCAGGGAUACGCGGGACUAUGCGCCACCUCCUCGGGACUACGCGUACCGUGAUUACGGUCACUCCAGUUCACGAGAUGAAUACCCCUCUAGGGGUUAUAGUCUUUCCUCCUAUAGUGAUCGUGAUGGAUACGGUGGUGGGCGUGACAGAGACUACUCGGAUCAUCCAAGUGGAGGCUCCUACAGAGAUUCAUAUGAUAGUUAUGGUAACUCACGUAGUGCUCCACCUGCACGAGGGCCCCCGCCAUCUUAUGGUGGAAGCAGUCGCUAUGACGAUUACGGCAGCACACGAGAUGGAUAUGGAAGCCGAGAAAGUUACUCAAGCAGCAGAAGUGAUGUCUACUCAAGUGGCCGUGAUCGUGUUGGAAGACAAGACAGGGGUCUUCCCCCAUCCAUGGAAAGGGGCUAUCCACCUCCUCGUGAUUCUUACAGUAGUUCAAGCCGCGGAGCACCCAGAGGUGGUGGCCGUGGUGGAAGCAGAUCCGAUAGAGGUGGAGGCAGGAGCAGAUACUAAAAAUACUCUUUAAACUUUUGGACCAAGACAAAUUACUUCGCAAACAAAAACAGCAAAGUGGAAGUUGUUCUAUCUUUACUACCAGAGGACUACUAAAAGGAAAAGUUGUUUUUACCUUUUUUUAUUGUUGCCUGUUAAGUUUUCCCCUCCAUGACUUAUGCUUUUGUGAGGAAAAGUUAAACCCGUGUUUAAUUUCAUUUCAAAAUUGUUAACAUUUCUUUCAAAAAGCAGAUGUUAAAUGUAUAAAACUUGAGCUGUGUACUAGUGUUGUAAUUUUCCAAGUAAAGUUUCCCUGAAAUGCCACACUUCCCAUCUGAUUUUCCUCAUGAAUGGAACAAGCAGUUCAUAAGAGCUUCCACACAACAUCCAGCCAUCUAACAUGGAGAUGGAUUGUUCUACAUGUUCAGCAUCUCAUUCUUAAACAAAGUAUUGCUUGUGUUGGAGGGUGGUGGGGCUGUUCCACACAGAGUUCAGUUGUGCCUAGAAUUUGAAGUCACAGUGUUCUCAGUACAAAAUACCUUCAGAUCCUUGUGUAAAGAGAAAAAUAGAGGAUAUCAUUCACUUAACCCGAAAAAGCAAGUGGAUAAUGCUAUUUUCUGCCUUCCUACUGUUUCAUGGGGAGUUUGAAAGGAUCUCCCUUCCAAAUGAAUCUCAUGUACAUGUAAGUCAGCUCCAGAAUACUGUAACAAUAAAACCCCUUGACCAGUUCCAUCAAAGAAGCUACAAAACGAUGCUUGCUCAUACUGUUUCCAAUUUUUGCAACUCUGUAGUGUUUCACUUUUAAAGGAACAUCUUUGAUUCCAAAGGAGAAAAUAAGAUAAGCACAGAAGUCUUUCUCUCCAACUUCUCAAAGGCUUAUGGCUUCCUAAAAACAAGUGAAUCUUUCAGCAUUCCACAGCUGAUUUAAAGCAUCAAAUGCCUGUGAAACAGCAAAGAUGGUAAGCAAAGCAAACUAGUUUUUCCAGUCUAAGUCAAAAUUGAACCAAGUUAUCUUCCUCUAGUACAGUAAAGCCAAGCUGCACGUCAUGGCAAUGGAAAUGCUGUCUAGAUUUAAAAAAAAAAAAAAAAGGAAAAGAAAUACUUCAAUAUAUUAAGAGUUCUCCAAAUUCAACAUUUCUUCUUGGAUAAAAGCAUUUAAUGGCACCAGUUUUGAAACUAAAGCUGUAAUGCAGCUCAUUGUAGACAGAAUAUUGUCAGGUAGGGUUGGGAGGGGGUAUUUUGUGCCCAGUAUCUUACAGUGAAGAUGCUUAAAGAGGCUGCAUAUACUGUAUUAUAACAAAAUUAAAGCUUUGUGAAAUCAGGAAUUUGUUUAGCUUGCCAAAUAGCAGAGUUUGAAGUGAGCCAUUGCAAACUUUAGUUGGAUGCCUGAAUCUCUGUACUUUGACACUGCGUUUUAGGGAUAACUAGUACAUGUGGCAGAACCUGUGGCAAGUUGCUCUGACUCAGGUAAAGCCAUGAAGUUCAAAAGAUGCUCUUGAAUAUAGUAGACAUGAAGACCUCCAACUAAAACCACACACCCAAAAGCUUUGUACUACUGUUUAGACCUCAGUAAAUUUUUGUCGUUCAACUUAUGGAUUUAACAUGGCAGUGCACCAUUGACAAGGAAUGAGAAUCCAUAAGCCAUGCAACCUGUCACUAUGCCAUUCCAGUCCAUUCCAAGCCAGUGAAUCCUCCACCACUUAGAAGAGAAGUAGUAAAACUUGCAACAGAAUAAUGUGCAAACCCAAGCUUGUGACUGUUUUGAAAUGGUGGUGGGGGGGAGCACUGUAUGUUGGCUCAUGCUGUAAAAUGUACUUCUCUUAGUUUGUUGUAUCCUCUCUUGAUUGCAGGGUGAUAACUUCUAGAAGAUAACCACUGAGGUAACGCUGGUUCAUCUGUGCUGAUGGCAGAGAUGAUGGUGCCUGUACCAAAACAUAAGUUACAGUGACCAGAAGAAGGCAGUGCAGCAGUGGGUAUGCAGUGAAAAAUGGAAGGAUAACAAAACACAACUGUGAAAGUUUGGCUUUUGAGUGUGGUGUUCCCCACUGUUCGUUUUAGUGGGCUGUGUUGCCAUUCAGAGUUGCCUUUGAAAGUAGCACUACUAAUUUCUUGGAUAUAAAAACAUCAGGUGGAGGUCAUUUGCUGCCUGCCAGCAGCAGUCAGUAGAUGUGCUUCAGUAGAUCCUGCAGCAGAAAAAUGCUCUGAGGUUGCCCUUUAUGUGGGGUGAUACCUGUUUAUGCUGGGGGGGGAGAAAGCAAGUUACAUAAAAGGGAGGUUUAGUCCUCUGAAAGGCAGAGGACUAAGUUGUUACAAAUUCUUCACCAAGAAACCAUAAGAAGUUUUAUUAUAUUGUUACAUGUAGUUUUCCAGGCCUUCUCGAUGAGAGAAGUGUUGAUGUACUGAGAUGAUAUUAGUGAUAAAUCCCCAGAAUAUUGUGUGUUCUUGCAUGUACUGGCUUCUUGCAACCCUCCAGACAGCACUGCAUCUCUCACAAGAUGCUGUCUUCAAAAGUUGCCCUUGGUUUUGAUGCAUUUUUAUCUUACAUACGUGUUCAUGUGCCAGUGGAUGUGAGAGGAAUCCUCAGGCACUGCUAUUCCAUGUAGAAAACUUAACUUGACAUUGAUUGAAGUACUUAACGGUCAUGGCUGAUAAAAUUUAUACUGUGAGAGACAUAAACUGAUCUCAUUUAAACCACUAACACUCAGUUUAUAAUGAGUAGUUAAAGCAUGCAUAUCUUAAGGGGUUUAAAACUGCCUGUGGGUAUUGGAGUAUCACUUCAACCAUCAGUUGUGGACUGCAGAUUGUAGGAGUAAGUGUAUGUGUAUGUAGCAGAUGGGUAGAAUUGCAGUAUUUCCCAGGACUAAUAAAGGUACUGUUAAAGAAA